CCCGCAUUAGCUGGCUUCGGUCAAAAACCGGCAUUGCACGUACAUUUUUUAAUUAAAACUUGAUUUAUUUUAUUAAAAAAGGUUGCAAUCAUGUCGUUUAUGAACCCCGUGGAUAUGGUGGAUGAAGACGCAGCCGACCUGCAGUUCCCCAAAGUUGAGCCUUUAGGUAAACAAGUCCAGCGAUACGCACUUGCCCGCCAGGACGCCAAAACUAAGACUACCACGGUGGUAUACAACGUACAGUCGUUGCACAAACAACUGGAACAGCUGGAGGAAAUGGCGUGGAACACGAAUAGUAUAGUUCCGGUGCCAGGUCCCAACGAUUUCGUCCGCUGUGCCGCAUGCCGUUGCAACCUCUCUGAGCCCUACAUAAAGUGCUCCGAGUGUCUGCACACAUUGCUGUGCCUGCAGUGCUUCGCGCACGGCAGGGAGAUAUCGAUGCAUCGCAAUAAUCACGCAUAUAUCAUAGUCCGCGACAGCAUUCAGGUGUUUGCCCAGGAGCCCCAUUGGACGGCCCGAGACGAGCGCAUCCUGCUGCAAACGUUGAGGGUCCAAGGCUACGCAAACUGGGAGGCGGUCUCGCAUUCCCUCGACCAGCGACAUGCGCCCCUAGAAGUGCGUCGCCACUACCACGACUGCUAUUUUGGCGGAAUCUUUGAGCGCCUGUUAAAGCUUCAGCACGCGAGGCACAGCUACACCCCUGAGCGAAUGCCGUAUGUGUUUAAGAUGCGCAGUUUGGAUCCUCCACGCCACGACGACAUUGCCGCCAUUCAGUUUAAGCUGAAUGCCGGGUACCGCUGCGCACGUGGAGACUUCGAUACGCCCUAUGACGCCUCUGCCGAGAGCCUUCUCUCUAUCAUGGUAAAUCAGCGGUCCUGCGAAGAUGACCAAGAAGCGGAGGGGAACGAAGUGGAGCGGGAGAUAACCGAGGAAUUGCAGCUGGGACUGGUGCGGGCUUAUAACAAUAGAUUAAGAGAGCGCCAACGUCGGUAUAGGAUCAUGCGUCAGCACGGCUUAAUCAUGCCCAAUCGAACGGUUAGCUGGAUUUCCAAGUACAUACACGCGUUCAGCAACGACACCACCUGCAUGCGUUUCCUAGGAUUCAUGCAGAUCUGCGAGCCCGUAGAAUUUGACUUGCUGGUGGAGUCCCUACGGCACUAUCGCGAACUCAAAACUCGCCUGUUUAAUUUGUACGAAUGGCGGCAGCAGGGCGUCAGUACUCUUGCCGGAGCGGCGCUCUUUAAACGCCUAUGCAAGCAACGCCAGCAAGCUCAGCGGGAUUACGUCCGCCAGAAGCAUCAGACGGAUGGCUUCGACUGGCAGCAUUUGGUGCAGUACUACGAAUACAAUCGAAAUGGGGAACCGUUACCACUCGGAAUUAGCUCCAAACUGUAUGCCUUGAGCUCCCGCCGCAAAGCCAGUCCCAUUGAGAUCGGAGAUCUGCCCGGUUACUCAAAAUUGAAUGCUGGCGAGCGAAAGCUGUGCAGUGUGGCUCGUUUGGUGCCACAAUCCUAUCUGGACUACAAGAACCAACUGGUUUCGGAGCAGGCCAAGCUCGGUCAUUUGCGGCUGGCCGAUGCGCGGCGUCUAAUUAAGAUCGAUGUGAACAAGACGAGACAGAUUUAUGAUUUCCUGCUGGAAAACGGCCACAUCAGCAGGCCGCAGUCCUUUGGCUAACCCUUAGUUUUUUCUUCCAUGUUUCACUUAGUUCGAGACUGCCGAGACGCUGUUGAUAUCGGAGGUUCACAUGUUGCUCGAUCAUCGGAAACGACAGAACGAGUCCGCUGACGAGGAGCAAGAGUUUUCAGAAGUCUUUAUGAAA